UUCCGUUUCCGGUGUCCGCCGCGGUGCCCGUCCGGCCGGCGCCAUGCGCCCGGGGCUGCUGCGGGCCGCGGCCUGCGGGUACCGGCAGGGGCAGCGCCCCGAGCCCGGCACCAGGGAGUACUUCUACUACAUCGACCACCGCGGGCAGCUCUUCCUGGACGACGCCAAGGUGAAGAACUUCAUCACCUGCUUCAAAGACGAGCGCUUCCUCACCUUCUUCUUCGAGCGCCUGCGGCCCAACCGCAGCGGGCGCUACGAGGCCGCCUUCCCCUACGUCUCGCCCUGCGGCCGCGAGCGCAACUUCGUGCGCUGCGAGGACCGGCCCGUGGUCUUCACCCGCCUGCUGCAAGCCGACGCCGCCGACGCCGAGCCCCCGCUGCUCUCCUACUGCGGCGGCGGCCGGCGCCUGGCCGUGCCCUUCGAGCCGCCGCGCCUGGCCCUGCUGCCCGACAACGGGCGCCUCUACCACCCGGCGCCCGCCCGCGCCGGCGGCGUGGGGCUGGUGGGCUCGGCGCUGGCCGCCGAAUGGAGCCAGGCCUUCGAGUACGGCGAGGGGGCCGGGCGGCCGCCCACCCACUUCACCUGGCGGGGCCGGCGCUACGAGCUCAGCCACGAGCUGCUGCCGCUGCUCCGCCGCGGGGCCCCGGGGAGCGGGGGGGUUGCGGGGAUGCCCGAGGGCUCGGGGAUGUGGGCGGGGGGUGAGCGGGGUGGCCACGGGGUGCCCAAAGCCCCCAAGGACGUGGGGCGGGGGCGAUUGGGAUCCCGGUGUACCCGUCGUCCUUGAGUCUGUGGGGUGGGGGUGAUGGGGAUAAGUCCGUGGGGCGGGUGGCGAUUGGGAUCCCGGUGUCCCUAGCGCCCCUGAGCCCAUGGGGUGGGGGUGAUGG